ACCGUUUUAUGACAUGAAUUGAAUUAUAUCACGCCUCUCUUUUCUCACAUCCCAUCGGUCCAAAUCCAGCCUCUCGCGCACCAACACCGUCAGCCACCGAACCACCACCUUCCGUUCAAAACUCACCGUUUUGAGCAAUGGCGAAAGGUCUGAUAUUCGCAACAGCAGAAGAUUUGGCAAGGAAUAGAGGACGUGUUCUCUCUCUUUAUCGCCAAUUGUUGCGCAGCCUCAACUCUCCAAGUUUGCCUCUUAAUUUGGCUGCUAGACUGGCUAAGAAGGCUGAAGUUCGUGCCAUCUUCAUGGUCGCAUCUGAGGAAAGAUCCCUCCAUAAUAUAGAUGACCUUAUUGACACUGCUGAAUAUGCUCUCUCCUUACUAAGAAAAGGUGAAAUCCCUAAGCACAUUCAAUGAUUGCAGCCUUUUGUAGCUUUCAAGGAUGUGUUUUAAACAAAAGAAUGAUUUAUCUAAUGUAUUUUAGUAAUUAAUUAAUAUGUAUAUUCUUGUUACAUAUAAGGUCUUUCAAAAAUAAUAUUUUUAAAAAUUUGGAAAAAUUAUUCUUAAAGCUAUUUUAGUCAAAAUAUGUUUUUAAUUUGACAUUCUCAUUCGAAACUAAAUUUUCCCACUCCUACAUGGGAGAUAAUUUUCUAUAAAAUGUACUGGUGAGAACUACUUCAAGAAUUCAACAUUUCUGGAAAUUCUAUUUUUCUUGAGCCAAAAAAAAAAAAAAAAGGAAUGCUACCUUCUGGAGUUACUUUAUGGAGCAAUUUCAUGGGAGAUGCUCGUAAUUUCGGAUUUUAUUGGUUAUACAUUCCAGUUGAUUGACAAUUUGAAAUGCCUCUAAAACCAAUAACUGGUUUUGUUUUGGGAAAAAAAAAGGGUAUCUGGUGAUUUAGGAUCUCUUAAACUAUCUUAGUAUCUUUGAUUUUUCAGAUUCUCCUCUUGUAAUUAGGCUACCGUUCUUGUUGAUUUGGCAGACCUCUGAUAAGCCAUUUGUUAGGGCUGUUUAGAAAGCACCUAUGGUUAUUACAUGUGACAGUUUUGAAAACAUACAAGGACAUAAAGUCUUUUCUUUUCUCUGAUCA